AUGCCGCGACAUGUUCAUCUUCUUCCUCCCACACGGCAGUUCCUCAUCCCUCGCAGCCUACCCCAUCCGCCUGUCUCCACCACCCUGAGGUCGACGGGUAUUGCCGCGAACCACCUCGCCGCCCAGCCCUCCCCUCAACCUUCCCCCACCGCUGUUACUGGCCACCUCCCCGACCAUCCCUCUAAGCCCCGCACCACCGACUCACCCGUUGUUAUAUCGCUGCCGCGCACGAGAAGACGCGGGUUCCUCUGCACCACCGCCGCGCCCACAUCCGCCUCUCUCCGCCUCCGGUGCCCGUCCUCUCUCCACCCUCGCCCAAUCCGGACGAGAUCGGCAGGAUCCGCCGCAUCUCACGCCCGCGGCCCACCGUGGCUUUCGGCGGCGUUGGGAGCGCUGGUCCGCCCCCGCUCCUCCGGGGCUGGCGGAACGGCGGAGCGGCGCUCUGGUCAGGUUCCUCUGCUUCGAGGGCGGCGCGUGGGCUGUGCCUCUGCGCCGGGCGUCCCUGGACGGGAGGGUGGUCGCAGGGCCGUGUAUGGCGGCAGGGAGUUCCUGUUCGACGCUGGCACCACCGAGGAGGUCGCCAUGGGCUGGAUUGAUGACCGCGGGGCCUGCUUCUUCCCUGUGCCAGAGAGCGGGAGGAAGAGGAAGAGGGGCGAGCCUGAGCUGGAGGACGGGGCGUCGUCCGGGGUGGAUGAGAGGUCCGACGAGAGCAGCGACACGGUGGAGUCCUCAAUCCAGCCCGAUCUUCUGCCUCUCUCAAGCACUCUCCGUGCAGCAGGCCUGAUGUGUAGGCUGCCAUGGCAAGGCUACAUCCAUGCAUUCUGUGAUUGUCUGAUCUACCAUGUGAUUUGCGGUUGGCGUAAAGCGGUUCGCGUAAAGUCAUGAAAUCUGAUCCUGAUAGUGACAUGAUUUACUCUGGUUGAUCAAACAGGUAGAAGCCGAAGUUGUUUUACUUUAAUCUGAUGAAGUCCCUGCUGCUAUAAGCUAGGAAAUUGACAAAUUCAACAUUGGCAAGCUGGUCUUGUGCUCUUUGUCCAAAAGCAUAUUCCGAAAGUGAGGUUCUUAUUGUGGAUGUUUCAGCGUCAACCUGAAUUUUCUUUAACCUACUACAAAAAGACCUUCUAGGGUGAUUAGCUGCAGUACUGUGACAAAUAAUCAAAAAAGAUCAUUGUCUUCUCAUUUAAUAUUCUAGCUGCCGUCCAAACAUUGAAGGCUGCACUGCAACUACUUGACUACAAGUUUUAUGUGGAAUUUUUCUGUACAGCUUGCACAAACUCAGUGAGAUCAGGAAUCAUCAUCUCUCACAUUUUUUAUCUUCAAAGGAAGGUGUCAUCUCCUAAAUUUUUUUCUCAGAAUCAACCAUGUUUCUAAUCCUUACCUGAAAGUUUCCAUCGCUCGGCUCCUGAUGGCAUGAUGCCUCAUUUAGAUUCUCUUAUGUCAGUGUGUUUGUAUUCAGAAAAUUAAGGUAUGAUGCCUCAUUUAGAUUCUCUUAUGUUAGUGUGUCUGUAUUCAGAAAAAUAAGGCAUGAAGGUUGCACUGCAACUACUUAACUACAAGUUUUUUGUGGAUUUUUUUGUAUAGCUUGCACAAACUCAGUGAGAUCAGGAAUCAUCAUCUCUCACAUUUUUUUCUCUUGAAAAGGAGGUGUCAUCUCCUACAUUUUUUCUCAGAAUCAACCAUGUUUCUAAUCCUUGCCUGAAAGUUUCCAUCGCUCGGUUCCUGAUGGCAUGAUGCCUCAUUUAAAUUCUCUUAUGUCAGUGUGUUUGUAUUCAGAAAAUUAAGUUAUGAUGCCUCAUUUAGAUUCUCUUAUGUCAGUGUGUUUGUAUUCAGAAAAAUAAGGCAUGAUGCCUCAUUUAGCUUAUCUUAUCUCGGUGUGUUUGUGCUCAGAAAAUUAAUUUGCUUAUUUUUGCUUUUUGAGGGCUAUAACAAUAGAGAAUUUCAUUUUUUUUAAUCUGCUUCUUCCCUGUGCCAGAGAGCGGGAGGAAGAGGAAGAGGGGCGAGCCUGAGCUGGAGUACGGGGCCUCGUCCGGGGUGAAUGAGAGGUCCGACGAGAGCAGCGACACGG